GUGGGCUAAUACCCGAACAAAAAAAAGGGCUAGAAGUCAUUAGGAAAGACAAAUGUUGUUCAGAGUAAACAGUUAACAUAUUUCAACUAUCCCUCUGUACAGAUGCAUUUGUAAUGAAUCUUGAAUUUUUAUCUUUUAAACAUAUAUUUAUAUGAAUAGGUAUUUUUUAACUACUCUACAGUGUUUGUGUUGACAGAGGUUGUCUACCAAGCUUAUUAUAUACCUGGGUUGUGUGUGUUGAUGUUAAAAUGUUACGAGAUAAAAUAUUAAUGAGGCUUUUAAUUUACGGGUGCUAGGAAGCAGACUUCGCAAUUGGUCCCUUCGGCAUCAGCGCCAGCCGUGCUGAGGUGGUGGACUUUACGUGGCCGUUGUUUGUGACCUACUCUAGGAUAAUGGCUGGUAAACGUGGGGUGGAGGCGGACCCCUGGGGUUUCCUACUGCCCUUGGCACCGUUGGUGUGGGUGGCCAUCCUGACAGCGCUGGUGGUGUUGCCUGUGGUUAUGUUUCUUUUUUCGUUGUUCUGCUCUCUGCUAUCAAAUCCUCCUAAUGAAUCAGCAACUGAUGCCUUCAGUAUGUUUCGUGUAUUGCUUCAACAAGACAUUUCCUUCCCCGAUGACUGGUGGUGGGAGCGGGUACUGUUGGGGGUGUGGAUGUUGACGACACUGGUGUUAACACGGAGCUACGCCGGCAACCUCAUGUCCCUCCUGGCCGUGAGACACAUCCCUCAACCUUACCAAACAUUACAAGACGUGCUGGACGACCCCUCGGUUAUCAUGAUUUGGCAAAGUGGCUCAACAAAUGAACAUAUAAUACAUUCUGCACAGUCAGGCAUAUUCCAAGAGGUGGCCAAGACGGAAACAUCUGGACGGAUCAAGUUCCACACGAUCAAAGAGUUCCCACGCAGCGUCAACUCCCUGGUGAGGCGAGGAGACCACGUCCUCAUCGAGGUGGAGGAAAUCAGUAACAUGUUUAUGAGCCAAGACUUCAGUCAUUCAGGAUCCUGUGACUUCUACAUGUCGCGGGAAGGUUUCUUACCCAUGAUGUUGUCCAUGAUCGGCCCCAAGAAUAGUCCUCUUGUACCUGCGAUGAGUGAGAG